UGGAAUCCUCCUGGCGCUGGUGCAGUUUAAGGUUAAUCAUCAGCGCCCGGGUGGCGAUCGGCGGCCGGGCUGGGCUGCUCGUACGGAGCCUCCACGCCAGGCAGGAUCUCCGCCAUGGAGCGCCACCAGUAAGAGCCCAGCGAUGGCCAAGAGGCCAGUGGGGGGCCCCGGCGCCCCCCACCACGGGGAGGAUUUCUCUUUCGUCAGCCCCCUGGUCAAAUACCUGCUUUUCUUCUUCAACAUGAUUUUCUGGAUGAUUUCCAUGGUGAUGGUGGCCGUGGGGGUCUACGCCCGGCUGAUGAAGCACGCAGAGGCGGCCAUGGCAUGCCUGGCCCUGGACCCUGCCAUUCUGCUCAUCGUGGUGGGGGUCCUGAUGUUCUCCAUCACCUUCUGCGGCUGCAUCGGCUCCCUGCGUGAGAAUAUCUGCUUGCUGCAAAUGUUCUCCGUCUGCCUGACGCUCAUCUUCUUGCUGCAGCUGGCCGCCGGUGUCCUGGGCUUCGUCUUCUCCGAUAAGGCACGUGGGAAGGUGAGUGAGAUUGUCAACAAUGCCAUUGUGCACUACCGGGAUGACCUCGACCUCCAGAACCUCAUUGACUUUGGCCAAAAGGAGUUCAGCUGCUGUGGGGGCAUCUCCUAUAAAGACUGGUCCCAAAACAUGUACUUCAACUGCACGGCUCACAACCCCAGCCGCGAACGCUGCUCUGUGCCUUAUUCCUGUUGCCUGCAGACUGACGCCCAGUCUGUCAUCAACACAAUGUGUGGCCAAGGAAUGCAGGCCCUCAACUACCUGGAGGCCAGCGAGUUUAUCUACACCAAUGGCUGCAUCGACAAGCUGGUGAACUGGAUCCACAGCAACCUCUUCUUGCUGGGCGGGGUGGCGCUUGGCUUGGCCAUUCCCCAGCUGGUGGGAAUCCUGCUCUCCCAAGUUCUCGUCAAUCAAAUCAGAGACCAGAUAAAGCUCCAGCUCUAUAACCAGCAGCACCGAGCAGAUCCCUGGUACUAAAGCGCUGACAUCUAGCCGGGGACCCCUCCGUUGGGGCACAGACGACUUUCCAGUCCUGCACAGAGUUGCGGGGAGAAGCCCCUCGUUGCUCCAGAAGAGCAGGACCGACCACCUCCCAGUGGAGCCUGCAGGAUGUUUCUCCUUGCCCUACCCCCAGAGCUGAGAGGGGUGUGGGUUUGGGGUGUUUUUUGUAAAAUAUCGUACGCUGCAGGGAAUGCUGGCGCUGCUUGAAGCUGGGCUGCCACUCACACCGACUGUCUGUGGAGAGAACCUUCUGAUUUCAGAGGCUGUGCCUGUUAGGGACUCUAAGGUCUGAGUGUCUGGCUUUGCACUCUGGACAGGAGCUGGCGGUGCUUCUUGCCUGGCUGCUGCUUUAUUGGGCUGCAAAGAUGGGGCGGGGGGGUUGCAGCCCUCAGACCACUGCUUCGGCCAGGGACCCCUCUGCAUCCCGGGCUGUGAUGCUGGGGAAUGGAGCCCUCUGAACUCUGGAUCCAUCCCAGUUCUCGCUGUUCUGACUCUGCCCCAUUUCAGGAAUUUGUUGUGCGUUUCCUUUCCCUUCCAGAGGGCCAACCUGGCCGGUGGGAAGAGCAGGGGAAAGGCAGGACUGGGGCUGCUGGCCGCUCAUGGGAAACCUUCCAGGGUGCAGGUUGUUCCUUGUGAUGAUCCAGCCUCCAGGCGCUUGUGACUGGCAGAACUCUUGGCCUGGCCCUAGAGCAAACAUCGGGGGGGGGGCUGCCUGUGCCCAAAGCCAAGCCUGAUCUUGGCGUAUGGAGGCCCGCACUGCCUCGCUCACCCCCAUAAGAGCAGGGCUGGCAGGACCUUGAAAGCCUUGCUGGAUUUUCCUGGCGUUGCCCCAGGAGAGACAGGGGAGCUAAAAAGUAGGGGCCCUGCCCAAAAUGGCCUCCUAUCCCACAGCUGAGCCACAGGAGUGAGGAGGUACCUUUUUAAGGGAAGGGGAAAGUCUCCGGGGGGGGGGGGGAAUGGUAGCAGUACUUGUGUGGGCUUCCUGCCUGAGAGGGGACCCUUCAGCACCCUAAAGGUAGUCCUCACCCGUCCCCUGGACACCCAAAACUAGAGCUGGCUCUACCCUUAGGUGGAGGUAAGGUGACCCUCCAAAGAUGGCAUUUUGUCAAUUAUUUGUUCCUUAUAUACUGUAUUCACCGGAAUAGAAAACAGCUCUGAAUUUAAGAAGACCCCCCCCCAUAUAAAUAUUCAUCAUAUUUGUAAUUUCUAACAAAGUGGGAAACUCCUCCCUACAAGAAAGGCUUGAGCAGUCCUCGGCCUUCAGGACCUUGUCACUAGGGCAGGACCCAAUAAGGAAUGAUACUCAAUAACCAUAAUUGAAUGACAAGGAGACUUUAGAAGGAUCAACAGUCACUGCUUCCUUUCAAGUUCCUUCCCCAGGAACUACAGAAACCAUGCGGUCAGAUCCAAGCCCUUCGACCAGAAUAAAUUCCCUGAUGCAUUUAGCUAAACUGGUCCCUAUCCUUCCUACUGACUUCCAGGUAAGGCAGGGAUCCUCAAUGUUGGGCCCCCAGAUGUUACUGGACUUCAACUCCCAUAAUCCCCAACCAAAGGCCACUGGGGCUGGGGAUUAUGGGAGUUGAAGUCCAAGAACAUCUGGGGGCCCAGCGUUGAGGAUCCCUGAGGUAAGGGACUUCCAGUUGAUUCCCAGCCCAAGGCUGUUAGUCUCCCCUUUCCCUGCAGUAGCUGCUGAUCAGACCUCACUUAGAGGCCUCCAGGGAAGAACUGAACUCUAACACACCCUCCCCUAUUCCUCUAUAGGCUGUUGUCCAGUAAACCAGAUGUUGUCCCCAGAUGUUGUCCCCAGAUGUUGCCCAGUAGACCCUGCCCCUCGCUCUGGAUUGAGCCACAGGGCUUUGAUUAUUCCAGGCUUCUUCCUGGUAUGGAAAAAGCCCACCCUCCAAGCACUUACUCUUAUUGAGACCUAGUCCUCCCUCAAGCCUGACUAUCACUACAAACUUAGUCUUGGGUUUGGGUAAAUACGGUAUUGCUUGGGGACACUUCUUGAUUUUCUGCUCUGGUUACCUAUAAUAAGUUGGAUAGUUUCCUUCGCUAUCAAUGCCCGCAUCCCUAUGUGGGGAAAGGUGUCUGUUGUGGGUCGGGCACCUGACCAGUUGGAUGGCGUGGUUGGUACUUGGGGCUCUGAGGAAAAGCCAGGUCGCCUGGCUGGCCGGCCCCCAAUAAAACUGGGACUCUGGUUUCUGAGUGGUUGAGGGGGCGCCCCAGAGGUCUGAACUCCCUCCUUACAAAUACAACAAAUAUUUAUAUACCACUUUUCAACCAAAGUUCCCAAAGUGGUUAACAGAGAUAUAAAUGAAAUGGCUCCCUGUCCCCAAAAGGCUCACAAUCUAAAAAAGAAACAGCCACUGGAGGGAUGCUGUGCUGGGGGUGGAUGGGGCCAGUUGCUCUCCCCUUGCUAAAUAAAGAGAAUCACCACUUUUAAAAAGUGCCUCUUUGCCCAGUUAGCAUGGAAGCCCCGAGACCCUGGUGACUUGGGAUGGGGUGGCUUGUUCCCCUCUCCAUCCCUCCCUCCCCAGAAAUGGGGUAGGCACCAGGGCCUGAAGCUACAAUCUCCAGCAAAGGGUGAAGAGCAGCAGACCUGACUCUGAGCCACGUAGCCCUCGAAUGCGGGACAGCCUUGGCCCAGCAAGAGAUGGGUGAGAGGCCCCUGCUGGUUGAGGGAGCCCCCUUCUCCAAAGACCAUGUCGGAAGCUGGGAAGCAGAGGGAUCGCCUGACGCCCCACUGUGAUCCUCCCUUGGCCGGAUGGUCUCUCUCCUUGGGAAGGAACGUGGAGGUCCAGCUUGACUCUCAGCGACAACAGCUGGCUAUGGAAGGGGAGGGCUGGAAUCUCUGCAAAAUGUUUGAAGGUAAAUUUUUAAAAAGUAACCUGUGAACAGAAAAUGGCCAGUUUAUUUUUUACUGAUUUAUUUGUUAAAAUUGUUCAUUUUUUAAAAAAAUGAAUUGAUAUACCAUUCCAUAUAAAACCUCUGGCCAGUUUACAGUUAAAGGUAAAGGUAAAGUGUGCUGUCGAGUCAGUGUGUCAACUCCUGGUGCCCACAGAGCCCUGUGGUUUUCUUUGGUAGAAUACAGGAGGUGUUGACCAUUGCCUCCUCCUGCACAGUAUGAGAUGAUGCCUUUCAGCACCUUCCUAUAUCGCUGCUGCCUGAUAUAGUAUCAGCAGGGAUUUGAACCAGCAAUCUUCUGCUUAUUAGUCAAGCAUUUCCCUGCUGCACCAAUUAAGCUGACCUUAGAGUUAAAACCCAACAACAAUUAAUACCUAAAAUCAUCUAAAACAAAAUAACCAUCAAUAACAUUUUUAAAACAUUAUAAACUUAAAAGCCUGAUAAAAUAGGUUUGUUUUCAGAUGUUGCUUAAAAUCAGGCAGAGAUGGGGAGGUUCUGAUUUUCACUUGGGAAUGCUUUCCAGAGCCUUGGCCCCACCCUACAGAAGGCCCAGUUUUGGGUCACCACCAAAUGGGCUGGGGACGAACUUGACUGGACCGCCCCCCCCCCCAUGAUUUUAAUAGGUGGCGGAGUUCAUGAAAAGGGCUCCCUCUUAAAUACUCUGGGCCUAAGCCAUUGGUCCUCUCUCUGUGACUGCUAUGGAUUCAGGCUGGCUUGGAGAAAGGUGUGAUGUGGGCGGCAGAAUCCACGCCCCAUGUGGAUCAUUAUUGCUUGGUGGUGAUUUGAUGCUUAUAGUCAAGGUGGUGUCGUGUUAUGCUAAGCAGUAGCAACUCUUCCCAAUGAGCCAAAGGGGGCACCAAGGGAGGCAGCUCGGGUUGCUCCUCUUUCUCCUGCUCCCCACCCAAGAGCCACACUGCCUGCAGGCUGGCUAUUCAUCAGGUAGAGCUGCGUGGCUAACUGCACAGCUCUACCUGACGACUGGCUAACCUGCAGGCAACGCAGGGCAGGAGAGAGAGGGGAGCAGCCUGAGCAGCCUCUUUUGGUGCCCCCCCCCCCAGCUCAUUAGGACAAGCUGCUCCUGCCGUUAGGGUGAUAACGAUAGUGGGAGAGGGGUUGUGGGGCUGGUCCAGAUUGCUCAUGAAGAAGCAGAGGGACACACACACACACACACUCUCUCUCUCUUACUUACUUACUUACUUACUUAUUGGUUAUAUUUAUAAACCACCUAAAUUUAUAAACACCUAAAUCUCAAGGUGGUGUGCAGAACUUAAAACAAACAUUCUUACGUUCUCAGUGCUAGGACCCAUAAGCCCCAGGCCCAGCUAAUGUAGCAUCUGGUUUCCCACAGUGGCCCACCAGGGAGUUAUUCACUCCCUUCAGGGUAAACAUGGAGUGAAGCCACUUCGAAGUUCGCUCGCGGCAUUGCUCUCGGUUUUCUUUUCAAACAAGUCCGCAGGGCAUGCUCCGUGUUUUCCUUCUAGCCAUGGUGGGGGUGGGGGUGGGGAGAUCUCCUGCGGAGAUAGAUCUGCAUUUCUGAAGAGAGUAGCCCUCUGAUUCUAUGUCAGUGCCUCUCCCAUUUGCUCCGGCAUUUUCAGGAAAAGUAGCUUUUGGUAGCCAAGAGGUUAAUACCGUGUUUCCCCAAAAAUAAGACAGUGUCUUAUAUUAAUUUUAGCCCCCCAAAAUGCACUAGGGCAAUUAGCGGUACAUCAGAAAUUACUGCUAGGUCUUACUUUUGGGGUAGGUCUUACUUUCGGGGAAACAGGGUAUUGAGGCCGUGGAAAUCUCCCAGUCCCCCUAGCUGUGAGGACUGGGUCUGGGUCCAUGCUCAAGCUGGACCUGCUUCAGCAUGGAAGCAUGGGAAAUGAGCCCUCUUCAAAGUAAAUAAAUCGGAUAAAUGGUCAGAAAUCUGGGACAACUUCCUUGAACUAUUCUUAGAAUAGAAACCCCUCUGAUCUACCCACACCUACUCGUGCAGUGGUGAGUGUCCCUUCGCCUCUCCCCCCUCCCCUUCUGCUUUCUUUCUCCCUCUUUCCUUCUCUCCUUUCUUCCCUCUUCUUCCCCCAACCAGUGCUAAGGGAGGGCUGGGCUCGGUACCGGAGUGGGGGGGAUUGGGAAAGGCAUUGCAAAAUACAAAAUGUCAAAAAACCACCAUUCAAUAAAAGAAAAAGUAGCUUAAAACCAGCAUUUUAAAAACCCCGGGAAUACCUCAAGAGAUAAGCUAGAAUUCACAUCACAAAGCCUGGUUUGUGUGCAGAGUGGGUUCAAAAAUCUCGAAGGGACGUCGACGUAAGUUUGGCUGGUGUGUGAACGCACCCACUCUCUCCCGAAAGAGAUUCGAAGCAGAAGCCCUGUGUGUAAAGCCUCCUGAUGCCUCCGAGAAGCCCACAAGCAGAGGAUGGAAGGCAGACCCUCUUUCCAGCUGAUGCUGCUCUGCAUAUUUGGAGGCAUCCUGCCUCUGAGCCUGGAGGUAAGAACAUCAGAACAGCCCUGCUGGAUCAGGCCCGAGGAGGCCCAUCUAGUCCAGCUUCCUGUUUCACACAGUGGCCCACCAGAUGCCUCUGGAGAGCCCAUAGGAGCAGGAGUUGAGGGCAUGCCCUCCCUCCUGCUGUUACUCCCCUGCAACUGGUACUCAGAGGCAUCCUGCCUUUGAGGCUGGCCUUUAGCCCUCCAACUAGUAGCCAAUGACAGACUUCUCCUCUGUGAAGUUAGCCUAUCGGUAGCCUAUAGCCUAGCCUACAGUGGUCAAGAGUAGUAGCCAGGAUCCAUUCAUAGAUUUGUCCAUGACUUUGUCUGACCCCCUUUUUAAGUCAUCCAAGCCUUUGGCCACCCCCUGAAGCAGCAAAUUCCACAGAUUACCUAUGCACCAUGUGAAGUUAUGUACAACACAGUAGGGAAUAAUUAAGCAUAUUUUUGAGAUGGGGGCUGAGAAGACGGACUCCAGCAUGUCUCAUGCACUACAUACCAGAAGGAACAUUCAGCCCCUGCUCCUUGGCAAUGCCGCUGGAAGAGAACAACUGAGAUGUGACCCAGGGAAGCAGCUGCCAGUAGACCGUUGACAUCUCCACUUCGUAGCAGUGAUACUUCCAAAAUUUUUAUUUUAUUAAAACAUUUUUAUACCACCCAAAACUUACGUGUCUGAGCAGUUUACAACAGAACAAAAACAAAGUAAAACAUUCAUUAAGGCAAAAAUGGGGGAGAAAAGGAAAAAACCCCAAACAUUACAACAAUUUAAAAUUGUUAAAAUAAUAUUUUAAAACAACAUUAAAACCAUUAAAACAACAUUAAUUAAAA